AUGUACAUGCUCGCCCCCGUGGCCGGUCACCGCUUCACGGGCCGCGAAGAAGUCUACGUCCUCGACAUCCACCGCCUCGGAGCAGGUCUCGCCUCUAUCACGUCAGACCAGCAACUUUCGCUCUUCGACCCAGCCCGCCUCGGCGCCGGCCCCAUCACCUCCCUGCCGACUGCGCACGGCAACAUCAAGGCCCUGCGCCCCUUUGACCGGUCAGCCUCGACCGUCUGCACCGGCGGCGACGACGGCACCGUCGCACUCUGGGACCUCCGCAACCCGCCCUCGAGCGCCCUCGCCGCACGCUUCGCCGCCGCCGACGCCCCCCUCACGGCCCUCGCCUGCGACGCCGCCUCGCACACGCUCGCCGUCGGCACCGAGUUCGCCAACCACCAGUCCUCCAUCGCGCUCGACGACGUCACCGAGCUGUGCUUCCACCCGGCCGAGGCGCCGGGCAUCCUCCUCUCGGGGUCGACCGACGGCGUCGUCAACGUCUACGACACGCGCGCCGCCGACGAGGACGACGUCGUCGUGCAGACGCUCAACACGGGCUCCGUCCACCGCGCCGCCUUCAUGAGCGCUUCCGAGGUCUACACGCUGACCCACGACGAGAAGCUCGCCGUCUUCAACCUCGACGCCGGCUACGAGAAGGGCACCCCCGUUGCCGACUUUGGCGACGUGCGCGCCGAGCUCGCAUGUCAGUACGUCGCUAACGUGACGGCCAAGGUGGACGGCAGUGGCGCCAUUAUCGGCGUUGGAUCUCAGGAUCGACAGAAUUUCCAGCUCGUGCACCUCGCGCGGGGGAGCGAGAAGAACAGCUGGGUCUUCGACCGGGCGUCGAGUGUCGGGCUGCCUGGCGGCCACGGGGAGGAGAUUGUGCGGGCCUUUUGCUUCUACGACGACGAGCAGGUCGUUUUUACGGCGGGCGAGGACGGCUAUAUCAAGGCGUGGAGGCCGAAUUAG